UGGCUUAGUGGUUAGCAUGUUCGCCUCACGCCUCCAGGGUUGAGGGUUCGAUUCCCACCGCAGCCCUGUGCUUCGGUGCUCCAUGUACUCCGGUUUCAAAGUCCAAAGACAUGUCCAAAGUGUCCAUAGUGUAUGAAUUGGUGUGUGAAUGUGUAUGUGAUUCUGCCCUGUGAUGGAUUGCUACCCCAUCCAGGGUGUACCCCGCCUAUGCCCCCUGGCAUAGGCUCCAGUUCCCUGUGACCCUGUAGGAUAAGCAAUAUAGAAAAUGGAUGGAUGGAUGAAAUGAGUGUCUAGUGUCAGUGCUUUGUAACAGCCUGUAAGUUUUCCACCAUAGGAAAGUCCUCAGGGCGGAGGAGUUUGCUUUUUCGAGUUUCUCAGUAACAUGACAAGCGGCAUUAAUUUAUCCUAGUAACUUAAAGAGAGAGAGACAGAAGAAAGGCUGGUUAGAGAACGAUUGUUUCUAGCUGCUAUAAUGUAAGUAAUAAGAGAAACACUUUUGUCUCUGGUUGUUCCACAACAUAAAAUGUAACUAUAAAUGGAUAAAAUAGCACAUGACAUUGGUAGUAAAUAAAAAAAAACGUAAUCUUUGCCAAAUUGUGGUAUAAGAGGAAUAAAGCACUUACGACGUGCUGUAAUUGUAAAAUAUCAUCGGCCUUCACGUCGGCCGCAUCACUCUACUCCGUCAUUGUUUAUUUUACAAUAACACCACACCCCGAGUGUUUUAUUCAUUGCUUCGAAUCUGUAUGGUGUAACAUAGUUAUGCGCAGAAGAACCUGACACCUGAUCUCUUAAAAAGUGUGCUGCUGUUGCUCUGUUGUGUGCGUUUGUGUGUCUUACCCAGAACAUUGUGUACUGAGGCAGAUGGUGAAAGACUCGUUGCCUAUGUCUCUCUCAGCUAACAGAAGGCCGUCUGCUGGAACUCGCAGUAGACGGCCUGCUGGUACAGUCAAUAGCCGACAGCCUCACACACAUGCAGAUUCCUCCAUCAGCACCACUUGCUCAGCAUCGCCCUGCAAAGGCGCAGAAAUCAGUAGCAAACCACGAUCACAUCCAGCUACACCUCGACGGCAGGCGAAGUACGGAGGCUGUAGUGAGAAUCACGGGAUCCGUCCUCCUGCUCCCGAGCAAUAUCUCACCCCACUGCAGCAGAAGGAAGUGUGUAUCCGUCACUUACGUGCCCGGCUGAAGGAGAAUGUGGAGAGAUUGCAGGACAGGGACUCGGAGAUCGGGGAGUUGCGCAUGCAGUUGACGCGCAUGCAGGAGGACUGGAUCGAGGAGGAAUGUCAUCGGAUUGAGGCCCAGCUGGCACUGAAAGAAGCUAGAAAAGAGAUCCGGCAGCUCCAGCAGGCCGUGGACGCUGUCCGAUCCAACCUGGGCCACCAUGACUCGGAUCUACAGGACUGUAAGUCAGACGGAGCGAGUGGAGUCAGGCUGGAGUCGCGACUUGGAGCUUCGAGGUCAUGUGGAUGCUCUCCAGCUCACACCAUCGGUCGUAGUGCCACCUUUACUAGGCUGAGCAGUGAAACGUUGCCUGGCAUCGACCGUAAUGGUAAUGUUACCUCCCAGCACCGCACUCACCCCAUUCCUGCCAACCGAGGAGCUGCGACUUUACCAAGAGGUGAUGGACGCCCUCGUCUCAUCCUGGAGGCGGCCCGUCUGUCUGAGCAGGCCCCACCCACGAUGCUGUGCUCCACCCUUUCACGCUCGUCCACCUAUGAGAAACUGUGUAGCAAGGAGACGGUCGCACCUGUAGGCCGACCCUGCCGUAUGAUUAACAACAACUGCAGCUGUGCACUGAAUGCCUGCCUCCCUCAUCACCAUCUUUUUUUGCAUCUUCCUCAGCAGGAACCUCCACCUCCCCCGCCUCCUACGCCACCACCAGCGCCACAUAGUGCAUCCGAGGCGAGCGAUAAGCCCGGAUUCAGAUCGCAAGCCUGCAGCCCGACCAUCACCUGGAUCUCACCAGAGGAAGAGGAGGAAGAGGGUGAAGAACUGAGCGUCAUCACUUCAGCCACAACGGCGCCGGACGUCACGCUAGCUGAACCGCAAACAAUUUCAACGUCUUCCUCCACCAUAUUGUCGACACAAAAAUCUUACCUCGCUAAGCCUUUACCGCCAGACAACCUCGUUCACUCACUGUCCUCAAAAACAGCUUCACAGACAGUGGUGACUAUGCCACAAGUCCAUCAACCCAGUCUUCGGUCGCCUCCAUCACCCGAGCAGCCUCCACAGAUAAAAGAAGAAGAUGGAGCUACUGGAACUACCGAGGAAGAGGAGGCGCAAGAACAAGAUCCUCCCAGCUGUCACUGGAGCCGCUACUUCCUUGUUGAUCUGCUAGCCGUGGCGGUCCCGAUUGCACCAACAUUGGCGUGGCUUUGUCGAGGAGGGCAGCGUGACAUCAUGCCAGCGUACCACAUGGGCUCCCUUUUGCGCGGCUGUUGCGCAGUGGCACUUCAUUCACUAAGACGUGUUGGCAGCACUCGUAGCCAAGGGCCGUCUGGUACGGGGGGUGCGACAGCAAUCUAAAUAUCUGCCCUAGACUUCUCUGCCCUGGUGUGUUUCUUUUUCAGCUAUAUCCUAUUUCAGUGGUCACCAACCCUCUUCCGUGAGAUCGACCUUCCUGCAGGUGUCAUCUCCAACCAAAAUCUAACACACCUGCUUUAGUUUAUCAAGAACUUCUUAAGGAAUUGGUUAGAUGGUCAGGCAGGCAUGAUUAUGGUUGGAGCUAAAGUUUUCAGGACGGUAGAGCUCCAGAAACAGGGUUGGUGACCAGUGUCCUAUAUCAUGUUUAAUAGACAUACUAAUUAUUUAUGCUUAGAAUGAACUGAAGCAAAAUAUGGUUGCAGCAGGCUUUAUCUAUGAAGGAGAAACGGCUCACUACAAUCUGAAUAUCAAAGUUAAGCAUUUUUUUUCUCCUCUAAUUUGGCCAAUUCCCACCCACCAGUCGGCUCAAUUGUUAUACAAAAACCGGCAAUUGUGGAGGGUGUCUGAGAUACGUGAAGCCAGCCAACCACGUGUCUUACUGCUGCUCAUGCUGUGUAUCACACUCAGCGU